AGCUCCAACAGAAACGGACGCGUGGGUUUUUCUCUCUCUCCGCUUGAUCGUUGAUGGAUAUUAUUUUCUCCUACACGGCGCCCACGAACUAACUCACACGGUGACGGUACCACUUCUCUUCCGUUCUGUUUUUUUUUGUUUUUGCCUCUUUGGAUUAUUCUUCAUCUCGAGAAAAAAAACGUGAAAUGAAAUAGGGAGAGGAAGUACAAGGAGAAGAUAGAGAGAAAGAGAGAAAGAAAAGCUGGACAUCAGAGCAGGGUUUGGUGCUCCCGCUACACGGCAAGUCACGGACAUGCUUCAGGGAACUUGUAAUUCCAUAUCGAUAAGGGUGGCUCUACCUGGCUCUCUAUCAUGACUGAUGGCGAGGGGAGAGUCCGCUUCCUCUACACCCCCACCUCCUCUACCCCCACCCCCUCUACCCCCACCCCCACCUCCUCUACCACCACCCCCAUCCUCACCCUCACUCCUGCCCUCAACGUCCAGCAGGGAGGGGAGGAAAGGCGAUGCCGUGACGGAGAGGUGAGGGUUCUCAUACCGGCUCCAUUUUACCAGGAACACAACCCACACCCAUCACCGUUUUACCGGGAACACAACCCACCGAGACGUCACCACCACGACAUCGGCUUCCCUGAUGAUGAUGAGGAAGAGGAGGGAGGCAGCAGCACAUGGAGUCCAGGGCCGGAGGAGGAGGAAGAGGAGGAGGAAAGGGAGGAGGAAGGUGCAGGAGUAGCUGCCCGUUGUGUCCCGGGGCCUCCCGUUGUCGUUACCGGCGGUAGUAGUGGUGGUGGUGUGUUCGGUAACGUGAGGAGGGAGCCAGUAACGGAGCCGGUAACGGAGCCGGUAGACCCAGUGGACCUGCUGUCUGAAGAGGAGGAGCAGCAGCCAUAUCCAGCCCUCGCCCCCGUAGUCUUCUUCUGCAUCAAACAGACGACGCGUCCUCGCAGCUGGUGUCUACGCACGGUCUGUAACCCAUAUCCUUUACUGCUGGUCUGUACUGGUCUGUACUGGUAUGUACUGGUCUGUAACCCAUAUCCUUUACUGCUGGUCUGUACUGGUCUGUACUGGUCUGUAACCCAUAUCCUUUACUGCUGGUCUAUACUGGUCUGUACUGUGACUCUGACUGUAUCUCUGACUGUGACACUGACUGUGACUGUGACUGUGACUGACUGUAACUCUGACUGUAACUCUGACUGUGACCUUGACUCUGACUCUGACUGUGACUCUGACUGUAUCUCUGACUGUGACAUUGACUGUGACUCUGACUGUGACUGUGACUCUGACCUUGACUCUGAAUCUGACUGUGACUCUGACUGUAACUCUGACUGUGACUCUGACUGUAUCUCUGACUGUGACAUUGACUGUGACUCUGACUGUGACUGUGACUCUGACCUUGACUCUGAAUCUGACUGUGACUCUGACUGUAACUCUGACUGUGACUCUGACUGUAUCUCUGACUGUGACUCUGACUGUGACUGUGACUCUGACUGUGGCUGUAACUCUGACUGUGACUCUGACUGUAUCUCUGACUGUGACUCUGACUGUAACUCUGACUGUAACUCUGACUGUGACUCUGACUGUAUCUCUGACUCUGACUCUGACUGUGACUCUCACUGUAUCUCUGACUGUAACUCUGACUGUGACUCUGACUGUAUCUCUGACUGUGACUCUGACUGUAUCUCUGACUGA